CAAUUGCGAUUUCAAAGCAUUCAUACGAAACAUCAUGUCAAGUUCAGAUGAAGAUUGGUUUAACCAGGAUGAGGACAAACUGUUGCAGGGCCUGGAGAAGACGCUUAAGUCCCAGGAGCUGAGAGCGAAUGAGGAGCACAUUGAAAGCUGUCCACCUGAGGUGGGAGGACAUUACUUGAAGCAACUUAGCCUGGAGGCCUCCUCUGUGAGUGCCGGAAGUGAUGGCAAGGCCUCCGGCAGGUUCUCCCUGACCGAGUUGACAAAGGCGCUGAAAAUGCCAGCCGUCGACAUGUUCCUAUACUUCUUGUCCGAGGAUCGAGAUCUCUUCGUGAAUCAAGUGCUGGCCAAUGAUAGUGUGAAACGAGUUGGCCUGUUCGUGGAUAUCCUGUGGUCGCUCUGCGAACUGGAGUUGGGUGGAUUUGAUGAAAUCUUUCUGUCCGCUUUCAGUCGGCAGACGGUGCUUCUGGACAAGAUCAAGAAUCUUUUGCAGGCCAAAGCCGCUGUGGCAAAAUGUGAUGCGGAUUCGGCUCUGAUAUUAAGCCAUAUUAAGUGGAUGCUUCUGCGAGCUCAUAAGCAUGGCGUACUUAGUCGCCAGGGCUACGAAUUGGUGGAACUAUACAAAAAGUUGGCACCUUCCUUUAAAGGCGAAUUGGCAGAAGGUCUCGAUGCACUCAGCGGCAACCUUUCACAUAAUGUCAAGGGACAGAUUUAUCCGACGCUGGACAGGUUACUGGGCAAGGAAGACACUAAGGCCUUCAAUGAUGAAGAAAAUGAGCUUUUAGUGACCAACAAAGUGGUUCAAUAUUUGAAUGCACAGCGAAAUUUACUCAAGGAAGAUUUUUUGGACCCAUUAAUUGAGUUUGUGCAGCAACUACGCAGCGAAACGGAUGUCGAUGAGUUUAAGCAACAGGGCCUUCUGUGGUCCAAUGCGCAUCUGUCCUUAAAUCCGCAGUUUGCGGAGGCUCAGCGUCACAGCCUAGUUUUCUUGAAGGUAAACUCUACCGAAGCAUCGAAGAAUGAUUAUAAGAUUUGGCUGCAAUCCAUAAAAUCUGGGACACUGCUCUGUCUUACCACGAGUCUCGCCUUUGAUGAUCUAAUUCUGGCUUCCGUUGGCUAUACGGAGCCAGAAAAACUAAAGGAGGAUUGCCUAAGUGUGCAGAUUGUCAAACAAUAUAAUAUUGGAAACAUCUACGACCGACCACUGAUCAUGUUCCAGGCGCCAGUGUUUUUUGAGCCUUAUCUCAGGGUUCACAAUUACCUGAGCACCUGCAGCACAGAGCAGUUUCCCAUGCGUCGCUAUAUUCUAGACGGAGAAUUGGAGAUACCACCGCCAGCGUACAUGAAACCAGGAGUUAAGCUAUGUUUUAAUACAAAGCCCUUCACGCUGGACAAACUACCCGACGGUUUGCCCUUCAACGAGAGUCAGAAAACUGCUUUCAAGGAAGCUUUAACCAGGGAGUUUAGCAUCAUUCAGGGACCUCCAGGCACCGGAAAAACACACCUUUCUGUGGAGUUGGUUAACACUUUGAUACAGAAUGCCAAAGCCCUGGGCACGGGACCCAUCAUUGUGCUGACCUAUACCAACAACUCGCUGGACAAAUUCCUUGUAAAGGUGUCGCAGUACACCCAAGAGAUUCUUCGCUUUGGCAGCCAGUCGCGAGAUCCGCAAAUAUCCAAGUUUAAUGUGCGUACCAUGAUCAACCCGGAUUUGGUGCCACCGCGCUUGAAGCGAAUUUGGUGGCUGGUUAAUUGUGAAUACAAGGAAAAGUUUCAGAACCUACAAGGCCUGUACGCAAACUUUGAUGGCAGCGAGGACAGCUACCAGCAGACGCUGGCGGCUCAGGAGCAGCUUAAUCAGGUUGCCGAGCGUAUCGAAACACUGCGCAUGAUUUUCCAGUUCUUUCUAGCGAGGGACAAGGACGUGUUGGCUAUGACCACCACGUGCGCGGCUCGUGUUAACUUCUUGUUCAGGCUGCUGCAGUCAAAGUGCGUCGUCUUUGAGGAGGCAGCUGAGAUUCAGGAGGCACAUAUCCUGGCCUGCCUAACGCCACACACAGAGCAUGUGAUCCUUGUCGGCGAUCACAAGCAGCUGCAACCAUUCACCGGCAGCAGUAAGGUCCCACAGAUCUCGCUCUUUGAACGACUCAUUGUGGCGGGUCUGCCAUUUUCACUGCUCAAUCUGCAGUACCGCAUGCGCCCGUGCAUUUCCGAUCUCCUUGUGCCCAGCAUUUAUGACGAACUGCUCUGCUCGGAGUCAGUGAAGGCAUACGACAACAUCCGCCUGAUGGCUAAGAACUUGUACUUUGUUCAGCACAACCAAACGGAGCAACGCACCACUGAUAUGUCCAUCGAGAACCUUUACGAAGCUGGCGUGUUGGCCAAAUUAACUGAGUUCCUGAUUCAGAAGGCCAAAUACAAACACAGCGAUAUUGCGAUCCUGUCCCCGUACAAUGCCCAAAUAGAGUGCAUCAAGAAAGCGCUUCCCCGAAUGUAUCGUUCCACGGUGCAAGUGGCCAGUGUGGAUAGUUUCCAAGGCCUGGAGGCCAAUAUUGUGCUGCUAUCGCUGGUGCGCAGCAAUGCGUCCGGCCAAAUUGGCUUCCUUCGCCUAGCCAAUCGGGUGUGUGUGGCUCUUUCUCGAGCUCGCUGGGCGCUGUACAUCGUCGGUAACCUGGAGAUGUUGCAACAAUCCUACCCAAAGCUUUGGAGCCCAAUUGCCCAGCGUUUGGAAGAGAACAAUGCCAUCGGCGAGGCUUUUCCGUUCAGUACCUGAUUACCAAGUAAUUAAAAUAUGUUUAUAUGUA